AUGUCGGCCGUCGCCGCCGCGAUUCACGGGGUCCCCGCGCGAGGAUGGAACCCUGGUAGCUCGCACCGAGGUCAUCGCGUCGUCUCUUCCUCACGAGCGCCAAUCGCCGUCGCGGAAGAGAGCGUUGUGACAUCAGCGCGGACGAUCGAGCCGGCGAGCGCUCUCCUCGACGCCCUCGGCGCCGGCGAGCGCGUCGAGUGCGGCGUCAACGCGUCCGGGGUCCGGGGACUGUUCGCCGCGCGAUCGCUGCGACGCGGUGAACCCGUGCUGGAGAUCCCGCUGAGGGAAUACGGCUUGACGGACGAUCCCGGCGAGACCCGAAUGUCGUGGUCGCGGCAGCUCGGUCGAAAACUCGUCCACCUCAGGCGCGACGCGCUCGACGACGCGUCCUCCCUAUCGGGCGCCAUGAGAAACUACGCGGGGAGUCUGCCGAAGAUGGGGGAGCCGGCUCCGGGAUUGGCGAACGAUCCGGCGUGCGUCGCGGCGCUCGCGGGCGCGUGGGACUGCACCGAGGCCGUCGCGGCGAUGAUCAAAUUCGCCGGGCAGGUGACGGACUCGUACGCCGAGGAACGCACGCUCGAUCCGACGUUGGCUCUGGAGGAGUGGCGGUGGGCGAUGCGCGCGGUGCACAGCCGGACGUUUCGCGUCGAGGACGAGCGAGGCGUGCGCCCCACGCGCCGCGCGCUGAUCGCCGCCGCGGACCUUCUCAACCACACCAGCGUGAGCGACGAGGUGAACUGCGAGUGGGUCGCCGACGACACGUACUUUGUCGUGAGCGCCACCCGGGACGUACCAAAAAACGGGGAACUCUUGUUCAAAUACGGCGACCAGUCCGACGCGCACUUUGCGCUGUUUCACGGAUUCGUCCCGUCCACCAACCCGCACAACCGCGUCCUCCUCUUCCCAAACGCGACGAACGCGCUGGACUGGUACCAGACGGUCGUCGCCAACGUCCCGUUCGGUGCGCCGGGUUGGGAUACGGAGAAGGAGAGGGUGAGGGAGACGACGAGGAAAACGUUUGGAACGUACAAAGUCGACGCUCGAACAGGACUGAGACAUCGCGUUAUCGAAGACCUGUACCUCCGCGAGGACGGCGUCGCGAGCGGCAGCGCGCGGAUGCUGUUCGAGGAGAUGUGCGGGGACGAGGCGUACGCGUCGGAGGUGAUCGCGCGACGGGCGAAGGAGCUGCGACGCGAGAUGGAGGAGUCGACGCCGGCGGUGGACGCCGCGCUCGCCGCGCUGAGUCAGCACUCGCGGGAGCUCGUGCGACGGUAUCGACAACGGAAGAUGGACAUCCUCUCGCGCGUGGAGUGA